AUGGAGGCGCUGCUGCUGGGCGCGGGGUUGCUGCUGGGCGCCUACGUGCUUGUCUAUUACAACCUGGUGAAGGCCCCGCCCUGCGGCGGCAUAGCCAGCCUGCGCGGCCGCACGGCCGUGGUCACCGGCGCCAACAGCGGCAUCGGGAAGAUGACGGCGCUGGAGCUGGCGCGCCGGGGAGCGCGCGUGGUGCUGGCCUGUCGGAGCCGGGAGCGCGGUGAGGCGGCCGCCUUCGACCUCCGCCAGGAGAGUGGGAACAAUGAGGUCAUCUUCAUGGCCUUGGACUUGGCCAGUCUGGCCUCUGUGCGGGCCUUUGCUACUGCCUUCCUGAGCUCUGAGCCACGGCUGGACAUCCUCAUCCACAAUGCCGGGAUCAGUUCCUGUGGCCGGACCCACAAGCCAUUUAACCUGCUGCUGCGAGUGAACCACAUUGGCCCCUUCCUGCUGACACACCUGCUGCUGCCCCGGCUGAAGACCUGCGCCCCUAGCCGCGUGGUGGUGGUAUCCUCAGCUGCUCACCGGCGAGGGCGCCUCGACUUCACACGCCUGGACCGCCCAGUGGUGGGCUGGCGGCAGGAGCUACGGGCAUAUGCCGACAGUAAGCUGGCCAACGUGUUGUUUGCCAGGGAGCUCGCCACUCAGCUCGAGGGUACUGGUAUCACCUGCUAUGCAGCCCACCCAGGGCCUGUGAACUCGGAGCUGUUCCUGCGCCACGUUCCUGGAUGGCUGUGCCCACUUUUGCGCCCACUAGCUUGGCUUGUGCUGCGGGCCCCAAGAGGGGGUGCCCAGACACCCCUGUACUGCGCUCUACAGGAGGGCAUUGAGCCCCUCAGUGGGAGAUAUUUUGCCAACUGCCACGUAGAGGAGGUGCCCCCAGCUGCCCGAGACGACCGUGCAGCCCACCGGCUGUGGGAGGCCAGCAAAAGGCUGGCAGGGCUUGGGCCUGGUGAGGAGGCCGAACCUGAUGAAGAUCCCCAGCCUGAGGACCCAGGGGCCCUAUCUUCCCCGAGCAGCCCCCACCCUGAGGAGCUCACAGUUUCUGAACCCCACCCCAGCUCUCAGAGUUCACCAGACUUGUCCAAGGUCACACGCCGAAUUCACGUUAAAGCUGAACCUGAGCCCUAAAUCUCUUAAUCCUGGGAUGCUUUCCAUGGCACUCGGUGGCCCUUGAAAACCUUAACUGCAUGUCAGGCCAUGCCCUGGGCGCUGAGGGGUUUGCAAUUUUUACCUCCAUGGUUCCUUUCUGGGGCUUCAAAUUGUGUUCUGAACAGCUCUUUUCCUGGUGGAAGGAAAUCGUGGGUGAUGAUUUCUUCCUGAGAAUAACAGUAAUCCCAGAUUGAGAGGUGAGGGAUAAUGUGCCAGACAUUACUUAUGAGGAAUUUGAAUUCUGUACUUCCAGUCCCCACUCUGGGUGAUGCUGAUCGGCUGGGCUCUGGAUGAGGGCCUGGGGGUGGGGGGGGGAGGUGUAAUUUGUAAUUACAGUGCAACACUGAAAAUUACUGAACUGGGCCCUUUGCAACCAUGUAGCCACGUGGUCAAAUGACCCCCAUCUGCCGAGGCAGGAUUAGGUUGCAGAGGUAAGGGACUCACUGGGCCAAGGUCUCACCGCCGGUAAGGGGGUAAGCGCAGGAGCGGUGUGACUCCAGGGCCCACGGCGGUCAGGUGGGUGCGGGGAGGUGCGGCAGGGCCGUGCCGGCGUGGUGCGGGCGCCCCGGGGCUGCUG